AUGGAGCCGAUAGGACUUGCGGUUGGAGUCGCGGGCCUGGCUGGCCUCUUCUCCAGUUGCCUGGAAGCCGUCGAAAGGUUCGACUCUUACAAGAACUUUGACCGCGAUUCGCGUUCCUUGACCACACAGCUCGACGCCGCCAAGCAUCUCUUGGAACAAUGGGGUCGUGCCGUCGGCAUCGAGAACGGAAAGAUGUCGGACAACCAUCAUCCUGCCCUCGACAACGAAAAAACACUAGAAGUCGUCCGCAAGCUGUUGUCCAGCAUCCAAGACUUCUUUGGCGGUCCAGACGAUGUGGCGCUUCAAAUAGCAACGUCAACGGACAGGGACUUCCUAAAAAGCGGCCCGCUUCCUUCGCGAUGGACGAAGCAUUCUCGCCAUAGAGCGCCUGCGGAUUCGAAAUGGAAAAUGGCUUCUUGGGCGCUAUCUGGGAAAUCGAAGCGUACAAAGCACGUCCAGACAGUCACCUCCCUAGUGCAGUAUCUGUAUAUCCUCGUUCCCAUCAACGAUACCAAGGAGAUACAAGCAGGACAAAAGUCAUCGGCUACAGACAUUCGAGAUACUUCCUCACAUGAGCAUCUUUGGCUUGCAACGAUUCAAGCGUUCAUAGACAAGACAGAAGACGAAAUGAUAGCCGAAACAAAGAGGGACCUAUGCGCCUGGCUUGGUUCUCCGUCUCCGAACGACCUUUACGACGAUUCCAUUCAGAAGAGACUGGACGGGACAUGCGAGUGGAUAUUAGAGCGAGACAACGUGCUUGGAUGGCUUUCGCCUGACAUCUCGCCCGACAGCGCCAGCUUGCUCUGGAUCAACGGCCCGGCAGGGUUCGGCAAGACUGUUCUGUGUGCCAAACUGGUUGAGAUUCUUUCGUCCAAGCCUCAAACACCCGUCGCACAUUUCUUUCUCUCAUCCAAAUUUGAGGGUCGCGAUGAUCCCUAUGCAGCCGUCAGAUCGUGGGUCACGACGGUCUCUUUCAGCAGCCCAACUGCUUUGGACGUGGUCCACAGGAAACGAUUGGUCCAACAUGAGCAGGUCGCAACGCGGGCAACUAUCAUGAAGCUCUUCCGCGAGGUUCUGCAAGCCGUGCCGUUUUGUACUUUCGUCUUGGACGGUCUGGACGAAUGCACUUGGUUAGGCGAGAACCGUAACGACGGCGACUCGGUGGUCCGUUUUCUCAAUGAGCUCAGGCAAUCAAUUACCGACACCACUGCCCGAAUUUUGGUUGUCAGCCGCAACGAACCAGAGAUUCGACAAGGACUCUUGCAGUUCCCGGGCUUCAGCGAGUAUGCGAUAUCUCCCGAGGACGUCCGUGACGAUAACGUAGCCUACUCUAGAAGCAUCGUCAACAGCAAGCUGCCGAACAAGGACGAGCCAACCAGACUCAGCAUCUCUCGGAAAAUGGCCGAUCGCAGCAACGGCCAGUUUCAGUGGAUCAAGAUGCAAGAGGGGUUCUUGAGGAAAGGCAGGAAUAAAAAGCAGCUCGAGAAAGACAUUGACGAGACCCCGGCCGGCCUCGAUCGUCUCUACGACCGAACCUGGGAGAGGAUUGAGAGAUUACGAGACGCGGAAAAAAAUAGAGCAUUCUCUUUGCUCCGGUGGGCCGCGUUCGCUCUGCGACCUCUGACUGUCUGCGAGAUCACUGAAGCCGUUCUCAUUAACGAUGACUGUGACGAUCUGCCGCUUGACGAGUUGCCGGACUCUGUUGACGAAGACUACAUUGAAAGUGAGAUCUUGGGUCUCUGCGGAUCCUUGGUUGAAGUGCGGGGCACUCAGCCGGACUCCUCUCCCGGAUCCAGGAAGAUACACCUGACGCACUUCUCGGUCAAGCAGUAUCUGCUGUACAAGAUUCCGUCCCAGGGAGCGAUUCUAUUCGCUAAUGAAACCUUGCGCGCAUCAAACGAAACCCUCGAGGCUGUAAUCCUUGCUAAGCUGUGUCUCCGCUACAUCAGCUUCCAGCGGGUCUGGGACGACUUUUCUGCUGAAGACGAUAAUCGAGUUGGGGCAUCCUUCCGAAAUUACGCCGCGGAAUACUGGCAUCAGCACACUGAUUUGAGCAAAGCAGAUGAUGAGCCGUUGGUAGAAGCCAUGAACACCCUCUUUGACGGACGCGCUAAGACUUGGGAGUCCUGGAGAAAAUGGUUUGAUCUCUACGGCGAAGACUUGGAUCCAGAGGCGACGGAAACAGCAGCAAGCCCUUUGUAUUAUGCUUCCCGUUUGGGGCUGACAGAGGUCGUCAAACAUCUCAUACAGCACUGCAAACACAAUCCGAACGAAAGCCUAGAGUCCGGAAGAGCAGCGCUUGUGGUCGCAUGCGAAAGGGGAAGUCUGGAAGUUGCGCAAACGCUGCUUGAAGCAGGAACCAAAGUCAACGUCACAGGCUACCGAGGACGAACGCCGCUCUAUUCGGCAUCAAUGAACGGUCAUCUCGAAGUGCUGAAGCUAAUCCUCGAAAAGGGGGGUGACUUGACGGUGGCAAAUGCUGGUGGAUGGACUCCGCUACAUAUAGCCGCAGAUAACGGCCAUCUUGAGGUCGUCAUCCUUCUUCUCGCCAAGGGAGCAGAGGUUGCAGUUGCCGAUAAGGACGGCUGGACGCCACUGAAUUCAGCUGCUGCUGAGGGCUAUGUUGAGGUAGUGAGGCUACUCCUUGACAGGGGAGCAGAUAUGACAGUUGCUAAUAAGGACGGCUGGACGCCACUAAUCUCAGCUGCUGAUGAGGGCCAUGUUGAGGUAGUGAGGCUACUUCUUGACAGGGGAGCAGACAUGACAGUUGCUGAUGAUGAUGACGGCUGGACGCCACUGAUCUUAGCUGCCUCCAAUGGCCAUGUUGAGGUGGUGAGGCUCCUUCUUGAAAGGGGAGCAGAUAUCUCAGCAACUAACAAUAAUGGGUGGACACCACUGAACUUAGCUGCCGUCAACGGCUAUGUUGAGGUAGUGAGGCUACUCCUUGACAUGGGAGCAGACAUGACAGUUGCUGGUGAGGGUUGGACGCCACUAAGUUCAGCUGCUGACAGUGGCCAUAUUGAGGUGGUCAGAUUGCUUCUUGAAAGGGGGGCAGAUAUCGCAGUCGUCGAUAAUGGUGGAUGGGCACCACUGAUCGUAGCUGCCAACAAAGGCCAUAUCGAGGUAGUAAGGCUACUCCUUGACAUGGGAGCAGACAUGACAGUUGCUGAUGGGGAUUGGACGCCACUGAUCGUAGCUGCCGGCGAAGGCCAUAUCGAGGUGGUAAAGCUACUCCUGGAAAAGGGAGCAGAUAUCUCAGCGGCCACCAAGAAUGGAUGGACGACACUGCUGUCAGCUGCUGAUAACGGUCAUCUUGAGAUCAUUAGCCUUCUUAUCACUAGGGGGGCAGAUAUCGCAGUCGUUGAUAAUAGUGGAUUAGCGCCACUGAUUGUAGCUGCCAACAAAGGCCAUAUCGAGGUGGUAAAGCUACUCCUGGAAAAGGGAGCAGAUAUCUCAGUGGCCACCAAGAAUGGAUGGACGGCACUUAUUGCAGCUGCUUUCCAAGGCCAUAUCGAGGUAGUAAGGCUACUCCUGGAACGGGGGGCAGAUAUCUCAGUUGUUAACGCAGAUGGGUGCUCAUCGUUAGGUUUUGCCUCCCAUGGCCACCUUGAUGUCGUCAAGUUACUUCUUGACAAGGGAGCAAACGUUGCAGUCGCCAGCACAGACGGUUGGACACCACUUAUCAUCGCAUCACGAAAUGGUCAUCCUGAUAUUGUUAGACUUCUCCUCGAUAAAGGAGCCAACAUCACAGAUGCUAUGAAAGACGGAUCGACAGCGCUUGAAUUUGCCGCACGAAACGGACACGACCUGGUAGUUGAGUUGCUGCUUAACAACGGAGCUGGUUUUGCAGUCAUCAACAACACAGGAAAGACGCCGCUUCAUUCAGCCUCAGCUAAUGGCCACAUUAAGGUCGCUAAAUUGCUUCUCAAAAAAGGGGCAAGUCCAGCAGCUAAGACUCACAAUGGAUGGACGUCGCUUCACAUUGCCUCCCAAAACGGUCACAUUGAGGUCGCCAAAUUACUUCUUGAAAAGGGGGCAAGUCCAGCAGCUAAGAUUCACAAUUUUGGGACGCCGCUUCAUUUAGCAUCCAAAAAUGGCCACAUUGAGGUCGCCAAAUUACUUCUCGAAAAGGGGGCAAGUCCAACAGCUGAGGACCAUGAUGGAUGGACGUCGCUUCAUUCGGCCUCAGCUAAUGGCCACAUUAAGGUGGACAAGCUGCUCAUCAGCAAGGGGGCAGAGAUUUUCGUUGCUGAAAACAGGGGCUGGACGCCGCUGCAUGUUGCAUCACUAAAAGGCUUCAGCGAGCUGGUCCGGCUGUUCCUCGAACGAUUCCCAGAUCACACCGACGCUAGGGACGACAUCGGCCGCACACCCCUCUUUUUCGCAGCGAUGCAGGGACACAGUGAGGUUGUUAAGCUGCUGCUUUCCCGUCUGGCAUCUGCCAAUGCCAUGGACUGCUACAAUGCGACGGCUUUGAUUGCGGCGGCAAGGGAUGGACACGCAGGCGUGGUGGAGCUCCUGCUCAAUGAGAAUGGCAUCUGGUUCAAUCACAGGGACAAAUUGGGCAGGUCCGCUCUUUGCUGGGCGAGGCAGAGCGGAGAUGUCCAGACGAUUGAGCUCCUCUUCAAGCAUUCACAGGGGACAACAGAAGCGCAGCCGGGUCACGAGAACACGCCGACGGGAGACAGAGCAGCUUCGUUUAAGCCAGACUCAAGCAUCUGCGAUGUGGGAAAGGGCAUCGGCGCUCCAUGCUCUGCUGAAACCACAUGUAAUUUUGCUGAGUCGUGA